CCGAGAUAUGCUUACAGACUACAGGAGAAAACAAGGGCACUGGUGUGGAUAACUGCCCGCCCGUCAGGAUGCGAAGGGGAGAUGCAGCCCUUCCUUUUGGUGCGCCAUGCCAAAAACACGGAUCGGUCGUUUAAUCGGCGUGCAUUUGCUUUAAUGAAAUUUUAAUAUCAUACAUGUAGAAUGAGGAAGCGUUGUGACACAUCUCAUCUGCUUUGCAGAAUCAGAUUAAACUGCUAAACGCAACAGAUUAGAGAUAGCCUAUCAUAAUUGACUUGAUUUUAAUGCAUCAUUGCUGCAUCGUGGACUUCAGUGCGAAUCCUUUUCUUCACAAAAAUCAUCGGUUCAGGUAAACCAGAAAGAUGUUGACCAGCAUUACAGAGAGCAUCUUCUGUUGUCUGAUGGGAAAGACCGGCGUUGUACUGCCGGUCGAGUCGUCUGACGGUAAGCCGGCCGACGCAUUCGAGUUUGUGGAGGUCAAGCCGGGUCGAGUGCUGCGUGUGCGUCACAUCCUCCCAGAACGACCCGCUACGACAGAUGAGCAGCCAGACACUGACAUCAGCGUCCACUGCAAACGCAAAAUAACUGUGUACCGCAACGGGCAACUAGUGAUCGAGAACCUGGGUGAUGUUCUCCACUCCGAGAUCCUGCAGUGCCAGAAUGGAGACGUGGAACAAUGUACAACCGUUGAGGUGGAGCUGUCCGACUACACCACUGCACCCUCGUCCCCGGAUCCCAAACCCGUUCCACCUCUUCCCACCUCUGACCAACAGAAACCCGCCCCUCCACCCAGGCGUCGUCGACGGAAACCCAAGCGUACCGUGCUGAUUGAUACGGAGCGUUGCAUCAGCAGCUGUAAGGGGACGCACUCGGAUGUGGCGCUGUUCUUCAUUCACGGUGUUGGCGGUUCGUUGGAUAUCUGGGGCAGUCAGUUGGAUUUCUUCUCACGGCUGGGUUACGAGGUCAUCGCUCCUGAUCUGGCAGGUCAUGGUGCCAGUACCGCCCCACAGAUUGCAGCGGCAUACACCUUCUACGCCCUGGCAGAGGAUCUGCGUGCCAUAUUUAAGAGAUAUGCAAGAAAACGGAACAUCCUCAUUGGUCACUCCUAUGGGGUUUCGUUCUGUACAUUCCUGGCUCAUGAGUACCCCGAACAGGUGCAUAAGGUGGUUAUGAUUAAUGGAGGAGGACCCACAGCACUUGAACCCAGCCUGUGCUCCAUCUUUCAGCUGCCCUCCUGUGUCCUGCACUGUCUCUCUCCAUGUCUGGCCUGGAGCUUUCUCAAAGCCGGCUUUGCCAGGCAGGGUGCGAAAGAGAAACAACUGCUGAAAGAGGGAAAUGCGUUUAACGUUUCUCCAUUUGUGCUCCGAGCGAUGAUGAGUGGUCAGUACUGGCCCGAAGGGGAUGAAGUUUAUCACGCAGAGCUGACCGUACCCAUACUGCUGGUCCAUGGCAUGUACGACAAAUUUGUGCCAAUUGAGGAGGACCAGAGAAUGGCAGAGAUCCUCUUGUUUGCGUUUCUGAAAGUGAUCGAGGAAGGCAGUCACAUGGUGAUGAUGGAAUGCCCCGAGACAGUCAACACGCUCCUGCAUGAGUUUUUCCUUUGGGAACCUGACAUUUCCAAAAAAGAUACGGUUGCCACGGUAACAGCUGAUCAGACCGCGACUGACAACGCGACACCCGUCCAGAUGCUUAACUUGGCCAUCAGCAACGGGACUCUCAAGGUCAACAAGCCCCUUAACAAGUAACCACAGAUUGACGUUUUUGGGGCAAACCAAUCAGAAGGCUGUUGAUGACAGGUGCUGCGUAUGGCGAGACCGUCGACUUGGCUGAGAGCUGAUUUUUGGUCAGAAAGUCCAAGCGGGUGCCAUGAAGAGGGUAAGAAAGAUUGGGACUCUUUCAGAGAGAUCCAGCGAAGUGAAAAAAGCAGCUGAUUUUUAGACCAAUAAUGGCGAUUUAUAACAUCGUGAUGCCUUUGUAUCUCUCUGUGCUACCUUUGGACAAUAUAUCUUUCCUUCUUGUGCUGUUUAAACACAAGGACUGGGUGUCCACUAGAGGACGAAAUCAAGUGUGUCUAAGCAUUUGUGUCCGGAUUGGACGAGAUAAGAUGGCAGUCGGCAAGGUUGUUUUGGAAGGAUGUUCGAUUGUGAUGGGGAGUGUUUAAAGUCAACAUGAAACGGCAUUCGUAUUUAACUACGUAAAUUGAAUGGAGCUAAAUGGGAUGGUAAAGAAUGAAGAAUGAAUGAAGCCAGGUGUUUGGAGGGGAGGAGUAUAAGAAAAAUUAAGGGGAUUUGGUGAUAUCAACCAAAAAUACAAGUCAAAUGGGAGGCAUGGCACGUUGUUAUGUCACAUAUUAUUGUUCACAAAUAUGUGCUCAAAAAAAAGGGUCGGUUUCACGUUGACUUUAUAAGGAAGUUUGUACAGAACUUGUGUUCACAUCACACACUGGUAAAUGUUCUGAAUAACUCGAUCAUACUGUACUAGUACUAAUAUUCAGAUCAACACAUUUUAAUGUCUUCCCUCAUGAAACAAAUCCAUCACUUAAGAGUUAAGAUCUCAUAAAAUAUUGAAUCCUGUAUCUAACUCCUUGAGCCAUAUGAGGUGGAACAAAGAUAAUGUACUGUAAACAACACACGCUAGC